AUGGCUCUCUUUGGUGAAGACGACUUGCCGUCGCGCGCGAAGCAGUCGUCUUCGCUGUUCGAUGACGAAACCAAACCCGCGGGUAAGACGGGCAACAGCUUGUUCGCGGACGACAUUGACAGCCACGACUCGCCGUGGGCUUUCCCAUCACCGAAGAAGGCAGGGCGAGCGGCCUUGGUCAAGUCACUACUUCCUGCCGCUGGCGUGCCCGACUCGUACAUCGAUGCUUUCGACGCUCUGCUAGACGCCGACGACAGCAAAGGCAACGGCGUCAGUGUGGCAGCUGUAAAGAAGUUGCUGGGUGAUAGUGGGGUGUCAAGUGACUCGCAGACCAAGAUACUCGACGUCGUGUUACCAUCUGGGCAGGAAAGCGCGGGAUUGGGGCGGAACGAAUUCAACGUUGUCUUCGCAUUGAUUGGGCUGGCGCAAGAAGGCGACGAUAUCACGCUAGACAGCGUGGAUGAGAGGAAGAAGAAUCUUCCCGUACCUACCGUAUCCCUCCCCAAGUCGGCGAAGCAACAGACGCAGGCUCGAGAAGCUUCACCUCCACUGCAAGAACCACUGCCUCCAACCCCUCCUGCGCAGCAGCCGCCCUCUGAGCAGCCUACACCCACCCCGAGUCGGUCGCGUGCUCCGAUGCGCAAGCAGUCUUUUGGCGACCCAGAGGCAGAUCCCUGGGGUAGCCCAGACCUACAUAGAGGACACGACCACGCGAGCUAUACCAGUGUACCACCUCGGACGAAUGGCGCAAGUGCGCCUCCUACCGCGCGAACUACCAGCCAGUUCACGACCCAAUCAACGGCCAAUUCCUCGACGAUCCAAGAGAACAUACAACCAAGCUCUUUGAGCAGUGAAGGGGGAUGGGGAGGCUACAACGGAGGCUCGGGCCAGCCAUUUUCUGCUCCAGGUCUUGGAGAAGGCGGGUUUGGAGUACCACCUAGCGGUCAGGGCAGCUCCAAUCCGCCUCCUGAGUUAGGCCGGUCCAUUGGUCGAGUGACCCCAGGAGGUAGCGGAACCGAGGAAAUCAUUACCAUAACCGCACUCUCUGAGAAAGAGGGCAUGUUCCUGUUCCAGCACCGCAACUACGAAGUGGCCAGCUCGCGACGAACCACCAAAGUCGUUCGUCGAUACAGCGAUUUUGUUUGGUUAUUAGACUGUCUGCAUAAGCGUUAUCCGUUCCGGCAGUUGCCGCUAUUACCUCCGAAACGAGUUGCCAUCAAUGGCAAUCCAAUAGCUGCGGAUACAAGUUUCCUCGACAAGCGCAGGAAAGGCCUAGCGAGAUUUACAAAUGCUCUCGUGCGCCACCCGGUACUUAGUCAGGAACAGCUCGUCGUAAUGUUCCUGACAGUUCCUACGGAACUCGCAGUCUGGCGCAAACAAGCCAAUCUCUCCGUGCAAGAAGAGUUCACCGGCAAGACGCUACCUCCUGACCUAGAAGACUCUCUACCAAAGACACUGCCUGAGUUGUUCGACACGGUCCGCUCUGGGGUAAAGCGGAGCGCCGACACCUACAUUGCCCUCUGCAAUAUGAUGGAGCGGCUUUCCAGACGCAACGAAGGCAUGGCUGUGGAAUUUGCUCGCUUCUCCGCCGCUCUCUCAGGACUCACCGCGUGCUCGCAAGAAACGUAUGCCGUCGACACUAACGAUGUGCCUCUUCUCAACGAAGGCCUCAAGUCAACCGCAAGACAUCUUGACCAAUCACGGCAGCUGCUAGACGACGAGGCAAAAGGCUGGGAAGAAGGCGUGCUCGAAGACCUAAAACGGCAGAGAGAUACCCUUGUUGGCGUGAGAGACAUGUUUGACCGAAGAGAUCGUUAUGCAAAGGACAAUAUCCCGCAACUUGAGAAGAGGAUAGCGAGCAAUGAGACGAAGUUGCAGAACAUUAGGAAUAAGCCGGCUGAAGCGGUUAAGCCGGGGGAGGCGGAGAAAGUGGAAGAUGCAAUCUUCAAGGAUAAAGAAUCUAUCGUCCAACAACACGCACGCGGCGUCUUCAUCCAAGAAUGCAUCCGCGACGAGUUGGUCUUUUUCCAGAAAUCCCAGUAUCAUGUCAGCAAGUUGCACCAGGAGUGGAGUCAAGAGCGAGUAAAGUACGCCGAGCUGCAGGCAGACAAUUGGCGCGCAUUGAGUGAAGAGGUGGAGAGCAUGCCUUCCGCAGACUAG